UUUAGGGGAAUGGCCAUUCUCCCAUUCUGCCAGGCUGGUUGCCAGGAAAGUGCGCUAGGAGAGGCGGGGACUAGGAGCCGCUCAGCGGCUCAGGCAUAUGGUGGCGAUGGCCUGGCCACUGCCGGCUUGAGCUUUAUGAGUUUGCAUACAAGGCAAUAUCCUACUUUGCUUGGAGUCUGGUGAGGAGCCUAGGCGAGGAGCUCACGCUGCACGCGAAUGAAUCUGCGAGGACGGUGCGCAAUCAGGUAAAGAAGCAGGGUUCGAGGCAAGGAUGACAGGCCCCACUGGAGAGGGGCUUCGCUGACACUGAUGUGAAGAUGGACGCUGCGCAAGCCAGGUGUGACCUGCAAUCCUCCACUCACUUCUUGCCUGGGGUUCAAAUUCUGGAAAGAGGAGCGGAAUGACCCAGGAGGGGAGCCCUCAGCACGGGAUCCCCCUCGCAGUACCAGAAAGCAUGCUCCCAACUGCCCUUGCUGCAAACCAUGAGUUGACGCUUGAGACACUGUGGAACAUAUGGUGCGUCAAGCGUUUGGCUGCGUUUCUACCUCCCGUUUUCAAGGCGUUGCAACUAGGUGUGAGGACCAGAGGACAAGUGCCGGAUUGGUGGCCUCACCAACUCUCAGACGAGGUGUACCGUCAAAGAACCCAUGGAUGGGCAAAAGAGGACGUGAUUAAGGUUUUGAAGGCAUUGUGGGCAGCAACAGAGUCGGACCCCGGUCUAGCUGAGCAGAUAGUCAGAUGCUGGGCUCGAUACAGAUGCCAGGUCAUCUCAAAGGAGCAGAAUGCGAUGGAUGCUGCGAUUGGCUUCCUAAACCAGCAGCCGCCGACCCUGGCUCAAGAGAGCCCCAACACUGUGGCAGCUCCCAAGGGUACAACUUUGCAGCGACAUGGACGAGAUGAUCUGAAGCGGAAAGAACAGGACCGCUCCGCCUCACCCGUCAGGGACAAGAGGAGCAGGGCAGAGAGCAGUGAGCCGGAGCAAGUGCGUGCAAGGCACAAACCUGCGCAGAUCGAUUUGUUCGACACCAGCCCAGUGGCGGGCUUACCCCCUCGGCGCCAGCUGUGGGGCGGGAACCAAGUGUCAGGCUCGGGCAGCGCCGACCUUCCGGAACAAGAUGGCACGCUGCUUUCACGCCUUCAGGACCUGUGUGCCAAGACAAAGACACCCGUAGCCAAGGCGCAGACCAGCAACAAGGCAAUGGACAGCCUCGACGGUCUGUUCACGCCGGCAGCAGCGGCUGACGUCACCGCAGGGCUUCCCGGCUACACCUCAGAGCCACCCAGGGCUCGCGCAAGGCUGACGUCAUCCGCUGCUGAGCGAGAGGAAGCCGUUCUCUGCUUGCUGCGCACUCUGGACGACGUGGCCAAUCUGGAGGCGGAAGCAGCUCGGCACCAGAUACUGGGCGUCAUCGAGGACCUCCACCGGCUCCUGGCGAAGGCUGUGUUGUACAGAGACCUGCGCUACCCCUGCGCCAUCCUUCUGGCCCGCUUUGCCCACCGAGAGGAUUGGCUCGACCUGCUGGUGGAUCGCAUCCCCGGUGAUAAACUUCGUGGUCUCGUGAAGGAUCUCCUGACGGCGGCGGUUGUGCAACUGGGGGAGACGGACAUGAACCCGGUAGAGAUUCAGAAACCUCAGGAGGGGUCGAGCCUCGCCCCGUUGAUCCGCGUGCUCGGGGCCUUGCGGAAGAGAGCAGCCCCGUUCGACGGCGCAUGGCCGAAGUGCUCCGAAGUUCUGAAGAAAGUGCAGAAGCUGGUCGGAAAGGAAGGAGAUAAGUUGCUCGUGAAGCAAGACUGGGCGAUAGCGGCGCGAGAGGCUCUGGUGGAAGAGUUUCCCUGGAACUUUGCCACUGAGGGCCAGCUGGGGAAGACGUCAACCCUUAGCGGUGAGGAUGGGGGUCUGAUCAGCGCAGUCGAGCUCGCCUUGCAAGGAGGCGGAGGGCAGUCGAUGGAAGUGGAUCUCCAGAAGCAAUCGGAGGACGCCGAGGUGUUUGCUGCCGACGCCUUCAAUUGGGAGGCCGAGGAUAGUUCGUUUGCCCCCGAGGAAGUCGAAGCUGAUUGGCAGCUCGCCCAUAAGCGUGCAGAAAGCGACGCCUCAUUGAAGGAGAACGAGCUGUUGAGCGCCAAAAGGCGCCUGUCGUUCGCCCUGGCGGAUUACCACCAGCGAUAUACGGAAUACGUCACCGCAGUCAACUGGGUCAAGAAGAAAAAUGGACAAUUGUUGGAACAAAGGCCCGAUGGCGAGGAGCGUGUUUGACGUCCCAGACGUCAUUGGCCAUGUGGAGGGUAUACCAGAUCUGCACCGCAUAUUGCACGUUCGGUCAAACCUGGCCGCCUGACCUGAGUCCGAAUUGAGCCAGUCGCAUAACUUUUCUCGAGCCGCAGAACCUGAGCCGUUCGAUGAGAGGCAUGUGGGUCAUCGCAAGGUCGAAGUUCUGCGGCUCGGGCGCAGUUCUGCUUUCGGAUCAAACAGUGGUCUGGACAGGCGGCCAGGUUUAACCGGAUGUGCAGUAUUAGGAAUGAAGCUGGCGAUGCUAAGCGCAGCACCAGGUCAAGCCGAUCUCAAAUGUCUUUGGAAGCCCUCAUAAGGUAUAGUGUAUAGUACUACAGAUUGGCGGGGUGAAUUGGAGGUCAGCUUGCGUGUAGAUUGAAAUCCUCCUGUUGGGUCUUGAGGGUCGCUCGGCUGGGAGAUUCAUGUAGUGUCCCGAAACAUAUUUAUUAAUAGUUGGUACAUGUACGAAAGCGUCGUAAUACCAUUCGAAUCUAGUCCGCAUAAAACAUUACCAGCCAAGUCGGACCGCCAAAGGCUCCAUUGAACUGGGAUAUUGGAAAGUCGAUGUUGGACAAUGGAGUUACUUUUAUCAUCCUAGGCGGCUGGCAAAGUUGCAUGCCAAUGUCCAUCUUUGACAAUGGAUCGACACGGUUGGUAGCUGGUAGUGCUUCAUCAUGAUCAAGUCUGCCGUCGCCUUGUAGAUCUAGCAUAAAUAAAUUGAGCAGUUGCCAGCUCGUUACUUGGGCCAAACCGUAUAUACUUGCCUAUCAAGAGUAACUUGGGCGGGCGGCCGGCCCGGGCCGACUCCGUCGAACUCAUUUUGAAUG